CAGCAGCCGAAAGUCCAAGACCAGAAGCGGAACAAUUCAUGUCAGCAAAAUUCGACCCCUGAAUAGUUCCAGAACAGUGCAUCGCCAACAACAACGACAACAUACAGCGCGACCAUGUUUCCCAUGCUGUUGCUGUAUGCUGCACUCGCCUACGUCACGUUCUUGGUAUACCGCCACAGUCAGUAUCGUCAUAUCCCUGGUCCACUUUCCACCCGCCUCACCAGUCUUGUCCUCGCCUAUAAAAGUUUGACCAAUGAUCGCUAUCAGUACGUGCACCGCCUUCAUGCGCGUUAUGGUCCCGUCGUUCUCAUUGCGCCCUCGCAUGUCUCCAUCAUGGACGUUGAGGUAUUCAAGCGAAUUCACAGGGGUCCGGAUCCAUUGCGAAAAUCAAAAUUGUACAGCGGCAUUUUAUGUCUAGGUCCAAGUCUGGUUAUCGAGCGUGACGAGGAAGUUCACAAAUAUCAGCGAAAGCUUGCAAGUGCAGCGUUUGGUCCAAAGGCUCUCAACAAAUUCAGGGAGGAUUGUCAACAGCUGGUCGCGACUUUUGACGAAGUCCUCCAAGAGGAUGCAGCAUCUGGCCGUGUGAUUGAUUUACGCUACUUGUUCAACUGUCUGGGACUAGACGCCAUGGGUCUCUUCACAUUCAGGGGCGACUUUCAGUGCGUUGAGCGACGCAGCAGCGUGCUUGAUGGCACCUUGAAGAAUGGCAAGCCUAUCAAAAAUGAACAAGAUUUGGUCGGCCUACCAAAAUUCAUCCUGGCCUUCAUGAUGUGCGCUGCUGAGAUCUCAGCGAACGCCAUCCAAAAUUGUGUCAAUGCAUUGCCCUUUAUUAAGCCAACGAUGGUCGACAUACUCUCUUCGGUGGCAAACAAGAAGCUGCGCCAAAUCAAUUUCGAAGAGCAUGGCGACGAUGGAUUAGGACAGUACCUCGCUGGACUCACCAAGCUUGCUAUUCCGGUCGACUUGCAGUAUCUCAAGAUGUACAUCAUGGAAUUGCUCAUCACAGGUUCCACGACGGCUUCCGUCGCCAUGACCAAUGUCAUUUGUGUUGUCUCUCAGAAUCCUGACGCCCGACUCCGGCUUCAAAAAGCUCUUGACAAAGCUUUGCCUGUGCGAAAGUCUUCUUACGACUAUGCUCAAUUCAAGGCCAUCCCGCUACUCCAGCAAGUCAUUGACGAAGCGAUGCGACUGAAGCACGUCGUGACUCGUGGUUUGGCGCGCGAAGCGUCCAAUGGAUUGCAUGUCAGCAUUAAAGGCAAAAGUUUCAACGUGCCACCUGGCUCAGACGUGAGUGUCCCGACCUACUCACUCUUUCGCCACCCGGACAUCUUUGAUGAGCCUGAUUGCUUCAAGCCAGAACGUUGGGAGCAGCCUACCCAGCAGAUGCGCGAUGCGUUUGCACCAUACAUGAUUGGGCCCAGGAACUGCAUCGGGCAGCAUAUUGCCUCAUCAGAGAUGAUUAUGGUUAUUGGUACAAUAUUUCGCAACUUCGAGGUCGACGUGCUCGAGAUGCCAGGUGAAUUUCAAGCUUCACUCGAGACACGACCUACGCAUCUCAAAUGCCGCAUUAAGAGGCGCGAGUAGAGGCACAAGCUUCUCGUCCGGUGAACUUCGCUA